AUGGCCUUGUACUUCUCAGUUUCAAUCAGGUUGUUGCCGAGAUUGGCUUGUUCCGGUUCUUCUGUGUUUGACCUUGCAUUGCACUUUAUUAUUAUUAUUAUUAUUAUUAUUAUUAUUUAUUUUUUUUUAGUUAUCAGGGCGAAGGUGGUUGGAGGAAAAGAGGUGGAUUCUGGGAACGACAUCUAUGGCAAUCCUAUCAAGAGGAUCCAGUAUGAGAUCAAGCAGCUUAAGAUGUUUAAAGGGCCUGAUAAACUCAUCAUGGCGGUGUUCACUGCCCCUUCGUCCGCAGUGUGUGGAGUGACUCUGGAGACCAAUGGCAAGAAGGAGUACCUGAUAUCAGGCAAGGCGGAGGGAGACGAGAAGAUGCACGUGACCCUCUGUGACUUCAUCAUCCCCUGGGACUCCUUGAGCGCCACCCAGAAGAAGAGCUUGAAUCAGCGCUACCAGAUGGGCUGCGAGUGCAAGAUCUCUCGCUGUCCGUCCAUCCCUUGCACGAUCACAGCUCCGGAUGAGUGCCUGUGGACAGACUGGGUGACGGAGAAGAGCAUCAAUGGGCGCCAGGCCAAGCACUACGCCUGCGUCAAGAGGAACGACGGCUCCUGCGCGUGGUACCGCGGCGUGGCCCCGCCCAAAAAGGAGUUCCUGGAUAUCGAGGACCCCUAGACCGACUCCUCCCCCUGCCAGCUAGCCAAUAGACAUGCCUGCACAAAAAUAAAUGAAACUAAAAUAAUAAUAAUAUUAAAUAAUGAUAAUAAUUAAAUGUAUAUAGACUGGUCCAGUGAUGACAUUGUUUCCCCAUGAAAGCCUGCUGCAGGAAACUACAGCAACCUGUGAGGGACAAUCCUGUGACAAGAGCACUUUUAGCCCCAAAAGCGCUUGGAUUUGAAAUUUAUCAUAAAAGUAUGACAAAUGUACAUUUCUUUUUUUGUAAAACUACCAAAAAUUUGGGUUUUAAGUGAGAUUUGAAAGCUCUGUAGAGGUCAAAUCUCACUGAAUAUCCUGUAGCUCUUAACCAUGCAGUUUAAACCAAUCAGAUUAAUGGAGAGGCGGGACUUCCCAGAUUAUUCCAGCACAGGUUUCUAGAAAAAGAAAGGAAUCGCGUGGUUAUGAGACACAAUGACGUGACACCAAAGCUUUAGAUAUCCAUGGUGGUUCAUAACUUUGCACAGCUUCCAAAUUACCCCUUGUAUCCCAAAAAAUCCCUAAAGCCAGAAUUCCGGCAGCACCAGCAUCUAUGCUACAAUUGCAAUAUAAAUGUAUAGAGCAUCGUAUUCAACUAGAAUAUAAACGUGUUAACGACUUUAUUUGUAUAAUAAAAUAAAUAAAAAGCAUAUAAACUGCAAACUAAUGGCUAGAUUCACAGACCCCGAUUUUAGCCUGCAUGCUGGACUAUCUCCCACAAGGUAACAUUAUAUAGUCGAAGGUUACUGCUGUGAGACCAGGUGUCUAUGUCAAUUCAGUGUGACCUAAGUUUUAUUUUAAUUCCAAGAGGUUUCUAAUGUCCCACAUGACCAGUCUAUGCGAUUUUGAUAUAGCAAUCGAACCUGCUUGCUGUUAAAUGUCAUAUACUCUUCCCUUUUUACCUCACUGUCUCCUCCCCCCCACCCCUGUGUGCUGUAUCCUUGUCUGCUGUACAGUUCAUAUGCAUAUACACUUAUUUUUCUGUUUUUUCUGGUUAGAUCUAGAUUUGCACUUUCCGCAGAGCUGCUGCAAAAGGACCCUUUGGUCAACAAACAGGGAGGACUGAAUCCUCUCUCUCUUUGUUUUGUGAUAGUGUUUGUAUCCUCCUUUUACAUUUUAAAAAAAAGAGUGCUUUUUCAAUUGCUUUUCUAUUAAGAAAUUGUCUGGUAGCGCUUUAUUUGAAUUGGAAACUGUGUAGCUCAUAAUAACUGUGCACAAUCCUUCAAAAUGACUUUAUAACCUGCAUGUAAGGAUUCAUAGCAUUUUAUUUUUUUUACAAACCAAAAGUAUUUGAAUUGAAAGUUAAUUAUCUCCAUUCCAAUGGUUCAUAGCCGUCAACACUUAUUUGUAAAU